CACCGCCCCUGACGGCAGCAAGUGAGCACGUGGGGCCGCCGGAAUCUUCCAGAAGCUGCUCGAGCGGUCGCGCCUGCCCAGAGCCUUGCUUGCAGCGCGAGCCCGCGGACACCCCGGAGCCGAUUCCCGAGCGGACCCGCCUUCGCGUCGCUGCUGCUGCUUCUGCUUCUUCUUCUCCUCUUGCCCACUCCGGAGCCGCCCGGACCCUCAUUCCGCACGGACAACCCUAGCAACCACCGCCAUGUUGUACCUGGUGCGCUCGGCCUCUCGGCGCCUGGCGGCCGUCGCCGCUGGCGCGGGCCAUUGGAACGGAUUGAGCCAGGAUGUACUUCGAUCAUUGGCAAGGCGCAAUUAUGCGUCUGAAGCUAUUAAAGGUGCUGUUAUUGGAAUUGAUCUGGGGACAACCAAUUCCUGUGUUGCAGUAAUGGAGGGCAAACAAGCAAAGGUUCUUGAAAAUUCAGAAGGUGCCAGAACAACUCCCUCAGUAGUUGCUUUUACAGCUGAUGGUGAACGUUUGGUUGGGAUGCCGGCCAAAAGACAAUCUGUAACCAACCCUAAGAACACAUUAUAUGCCACAAAACGAUUGAUUGGGCGACGUUUUGAUGACCGUGAAGUGCAGAAAGAUAUAAAAAAUGUGCCGUAUAAAAUUGUGCGUGCCUCUAACGGUGAUGCUUGGGUGGAAGCUCAUGGGAAGAUGUACUCUCCGAGCCAAGUGGGGGCUUUUGUCCUGAUGAAGAUGAAGGAAACAGCAGAGAGUUACUUGGGACAGACGGCAAAGAAUGCUGUUAUUACAGUGCCUGCAUAUUUCAAUGACUCGCAAAGACAGGCUACGAAAGAUGCCGGACAGAUCUCUGGGUUAAACGUUCUGCGAGUCAUCAAUGAGCCCACAGCAGCUGCUCUUGCUUAUGGAUUAGAUAAAUCCGAAGACAAAGUCAUUGCUGUCUAUGAUCUGGGUGGUGGUACCUUUGAUAUUUCUGUACUGGAAAUUCAGAAAGGAGUUUUUGAAGUAAAAUCCACAAAUGGAGAUACCUUCUUGGGAGGAGAGGACUUUGACCAGGCCUUACUCAAGUACAUCAUUAAGGAAUUCAAGAGAGAGUCUGGAGUAGACCUCACCAAGGACAAUAUGGCGCUCCAGCGAGUGAGAGAAGCUGCAGAAAAAGCCAAGUGUGAGCUGUCUUCAUCCCUUCAGACUGACAUCAACCUUCCUUACUUAACAAUGGAUGCUUCCGGACCAAAACAUCUGAAUAUGAAAAUCACUCGUUCUCAGUUCGAGAACAUAGUUGCUGAUCUCAUUAAGAGGACCAUUAGUCCCUGCCAGAAAGCCAUGCAGGAUGCAGAGGUCAGCAAAAGUGAUAUUGGCGAGGUCAUCCUGGUGGGUGGAAUGACUAGAAUGCCAAAGGUCCAGGCAACUGUUCAGGAGCUAUUUGGCCGUUCCCCGAGUAAAUCAGUGAAUCCAGAUGAAGCUGUAGCUGUUGGUGCUGCUAUUCAAGGUGGUGUGCUUGCUGGUGAUGUCACAGAUGUGCUGCUGCUUGAUGUUACACCCCUGUCACUAGGGAUCGAGACCCUGGGUGGUGUUUUCACCAAACUUAUUAGCAGAAAUACGACAAUUCCAACAAAGAAAGGCCAGGUCUUUUCUACGGCUGCAGAUGGACAGACACAAGUUGAGAUCAAAGUGUUUCAGGGAGAACGGGAGAUGGCAGCUGACAACAAGCUUCUAGGACAGUUCACACUGGUUGGAGUGCCCCCAGCUCCACGUGGAGUUCCACAGAUUGAAGUUACAUUUGAUAUUGAUGCCAAUGGCAUUGUUCACGUUUCUGCAAGGGAUAAAGGCACAGGCCGUGAACAACAGAUUGUCAUCCAGUCUUCUGGAGGGCUGAGCAAGGAUGACAUUGAGAAUAUGAUUAAAAAUGCAGAGAAGUAUGCUGAAGCAGACAGGAGGAAGAAGGAAACUGUUGAAGCAGUGAACAGUGCUGAAGGAAUUAUUCAUGACACAGAGUCCAAAAUGGAGGAGUUCAAGGAUCAGCUUCCAAAAGAGGAGUGUGACAAAUUGAGGGAGGAAGUUACAAAAGUGAAGGAACUGUUGGCUCGAAAGGAUUCUGAAACUGGUGAAACCAUCAAAGCAGCAGCAUCCAACCUACAGCAGGCAUCACUGAAACUUUUUGAGAUGGCAUAUAAGAAGAUGGCAUCUGAGCGGGAGAGUUCAGGCAGCACGGACAGUGGAGAAAGUGGAGACAAGAAAGAGGAGAAACAAUAAAAAGCCUCAAUAAUUGAUUAAUGAACUGGGAGGGACAUAACAAGCUUGGGAGUGGCAGAGCAAGAAGAGAUGUUUUUCUCCUGAGCGGAUUUGCACGAUAGUCGUUCUAAUACUGUAUUUUUGCAGUAUUCUAUACAUAGUUACUCUUUAUAAAAAGUAGAAGUAUCAGCAUUUGAGUCUCUUAUGUUGUUGUCUUUCAUCUAAUGUAAUUCACCUUGUGUAAUUGCUGAUAUACAAUAAGAGCUAGACUUUAUGGUGGAUUAAAUAAACUUUUGGUUGUAGCCAAGUUUGAUUGUAAUUUCCAAUAUAUAAGUUUUGAAUUGAGUAUUUGAUCCUAAACAGGAUAUUGAAGCUCACUUACCACUGAGUUCUCGCCAUAAAUUCUCUGUUCAGCUUUGAGAGAAUUCACAAAAGGCACCUGCAGAUGUGAACUUUUUCUGCGCUAGGUAAUUUCCUGUGUAAAGCUGACAUUGUGGUGAUUGAGAUACUUUGAUUGCAGUUGCAAUUCUAAAAUGGCUGCCAGCACUUAUUUUGCCGCUUCAUGCUAAACUGACAAAGAUUUUGGCAGGCACAGGAAAAAUAAAUGGAAUGAAACUGCAACUAUAAUCACGUGAAAAUAUCAUCAUGGUUGAACAUCUUUUUUCAGUUUGUUACUGGUGAUCAGAUUGAAGGAAGGGUGUUGGUGGGACACCACUGUCAUUUAAUGGGAUUAGGAUCUUGAUCUGAAACUUUGCCAAGCUGCAGCACUGAAAUGAUGAAGGCGCAGAUGCAUUCAAUUAGUUGAGUUUAUGGAUCCUAUAGUAAGCUGCAUAAAUGCCUAAUUCUUGACGCAUUCUGGCAGUAAAGAAUCUCAGAUUUUACUUGAUUUUUAUUCUGAUUUAUGUAAAUUAUGUUGAAGAUUGGAGGGAAAAGGAGCACCUGCUAGUUCACCUGCCAGUGAAUUGAGUUGAGAAAUUUAAACCAAAUUUCCCACUGUGAAUAGCACUGGCGAUUAUCAGCCUUGUGAUUUUCUUUUUUAAAUAAAACUUAAGGUGAAAUGUCCAA